AUGAAGCUCGAAUACCUUGAUUGGUGCAUAAACGAAUCGAUGCGACUCUAUCCUCCUGUGACGGGUUUCACAAAUCGUGUGGCCACGGAUGAAAUUGAUCACGAUGGUGUCAAGAUCGGAGCAGGGCUUUCCUUGGUUUUUCCCACGCAGGUCGCUCACAAUCACCCUCGCAACUUUGAGAACCCUCUGUGCUUCAUCCCGGAGCGAUUCAAGGAGAGUCUGAGGCACCCGCUCGCGUAUCAGCCCUUCGGUGACGGUCCUCGUAAUUGUGUGGGAAUGAGAUCGGCUCUCCUAGCGAUGAAGCUCGCGGUGUGUCAUAUCUUCCGAAGUUACGAGCUGAGAACAGAUGAGCAAGUAGAAAUUGUGAACAAGGUUCUCAUCAGUCAACCCAGGGAGGUCGUGCUCAGAGCUGAGAAAUUGGAGGCUUGA